AUGAAACAAUUAACAACAUUUAGAAAUCAAUUUGAUUUUCAAUCAAUACGAUGGAAAGAUAUGAUCCGAUGGUUUCCUGGUCAUAUGCAUCGAGGCAUGAAAGACCUCGAACAAUCGUUAUCAACUGUAGAUGGUAUUAUUGAAGUUCAUGAUGCACGUAUACCACAUUCGGGUCGUAAUACUCAAUUAUAUCAACGAUUAGUUGGGGGUCAUAAACCACAUGUACUUAUAUUGAAUAAAUCUGAUUUAGCUGAUCCAAAUUAUUUAAAUAAAUCAAUUGAAUAUAUUCAAUCUGAACAACCAAAUACACAAGUUGUUCAUACAAGUUUAGCAUCAAUUGAUAUGAAAGAAAUGACCAAUCUAUUUGGUCGUCUUCUUCAACAAAUUGUUGAAUCACCACGUUAUACAAGAAGUUCAACAGUGGAAUAUAAUAUUGUUGUUUGUGGUAUACCAAAUGUUGGUAAAUCAACAUUUAUUAAUAAACUUCGUAAUUUAUUUGCAAAUAAAGCAAGUUGUGAACAAGUUGGUGCAAGUCCUGGUGUAACAAGAAAAAUGAGUGAAAAAGUUAAAAUAUCUAAUCGACCAAAAGUAUUUGUACGUGAUACACCUGGUAUACUUGAACCACGUUUAAAAUCUGCUGAUGAAAGUUUUCGAUUACUUUUAACCAAUAGUAUACCAAUUCAACAACGUGAAUUAUCAGAUAUAAUUGCUGAUUAUGGUUUAUUUCUAUUGAAUAAAUAUGAUAAACAACGUUUAUAUAUGAAAUAUUGUGAACUUGAUAAACCAUCCGAUGAUAUCUUACCUGUUUUACUUUCACUUGCUAAAAUAAAACAUUGUACACAAAUAUAUCGAGAUAAACGUGGAUAUGAUUUAACAGGAACAGCUCUACAUUUUAUCAAUGAAAUAAAUAAAGGAACAUUUGGACAAAUAACAUUUGAUCAAGAUAUUCUUGAUGAGAAGGAAAAUGAAAAAUUAAAUGAUACAAAUUUAUUUAAGACCAAUUCUGGUCGAAUAAAAAGAUCAAUUUAG